UACAUUUUAUUUUUGUGCAAGUGUUUGCUGCUUUUCGUCAUGAUGUCUGAGCACCUCCUGGAAGCCUGGACUGAAACUGCAUGUUGGGAGGCAGUCUAGCAGGUUGAUUUGGAUAUAGGGAAACUGCUGGUGAAAUCUUUCUUGCCCCUGUUAUGUGGUUUGUUGUUGGCCUCUGCACACAGCUGUGCAUCUGGGAAGCUGGAGCAUCACUUUGAGGAAUACAUGUGGCAUUUUGUCUUUGCAAGAAUGAUGUAUCAUAAAUAAAACCUGAGCUGGACUUUAUUUCUCUACAUUGUUCCAGGUAUUUGCUACUACCUUCCAUAACUUCUAAUGGUUCUCUGGAUUGAAAAUGAUUACGGAACCUAUCAGAAGCUGUAAGAGAAAAAGGAAUCCAUACUGGAAGGCAAGAUCUGAAUCUUUCCAACUCCACAGCAGCUCUGAUCUAAAUCUUAACUUACUAGCCCCAGCCCAAUAAAUAGUUUGUUCUUUUCUGCACAAUGUACUAUUGUAAGGCUGUCCAGAACAUGAAGGUAUAACUUUUCACUUAAAAAAAAAAACUACAAGCCUCCUCAGCAGCUGCAGUUAGCCAGUAUGUGUAUCCUUAAACUGAAAGGGAGCAUCUUCCAGCUAGAGGGUGGUGAAGGCACAUGGUGUGAUUCUUGAGGAUGUCCUGUGCAGGGCUAAGAUUUGGACUUGAUGAUCCUUGUAGGUCCCUUCCAACUCAGAAUAUUUUGUGAUUCUGUGAAGAAGUGUUACUUCUGUAGAGCUUGCACUGGUGUCUGCUUCAAAGGUUUUAUUUUUAGCAAAAUUUUAUUGGCUUGAUGUGUAGGGAAAAUAGAGACAACAUAUUAGCAAAAUAAUUCCUAUACCAGUGCAACCUGUCAUUCCACAGAAAGGCCUUCUAAUUAAAGCUCCAGUGCUUUCUUUCCAAGAUAUACAGCUGUGUUUCUUUCCCCUAUGAGCCAUCAAGAGUGAAACAGCCAUCUAAAAUCUUUAAAUUAUUAUUCUGAAACAAAAAGAUUUCAGAGAAGGUACGUGAGCCUAGUCUGUAUCCCUGGAAGGUACGGCCACCCCAGGUUGCUGUGCAUGUAGUGGAUCCCACCAAGUAAUGGCUUUCUGCCUCCACUGCUCUGGUUGCAUGGCAAUUCCACAAUCCUCUUCCAGCAAUUGUUAAUUCCUUUCUUGUUUUUUCAUGACCAAUUUAGGCCAAUUUGUUUUCUUGCAAGCAUCAACCUUUACCAAUACAUUAAGAGGGGAAAUAAUGCCUAAAACUAGACAGCAGUCAAAUUUCCCCCUUUGCUCUCAUUUAAACAAGUAAAGUCCUUUUAGUCUCCUGUCAUACUAUGGGUUAGCUAUACCUGUGACCAUCUGGGUUUUAUGACACUGUUUCCUUGAUCCCAAAAUUUAUGGCCAGAAGAAGUAGGUUUUGCAUCUGUCAGAAGUAGCACUGAAGAACCUUUCAGCUGGCCCUUAGGACGUUACUCCUGUUUGUGAGGCAGGUUGCUUAGACCUGUUCUGUUGCUCUCCACUCUUUCCUUUAGACAGGCCCCCAGCUUCAUUAGAUUAGUACAGACAUAAAGGAAAUGUUAACAGAACAACUGUUACUACAAAUUACUGUGUCCAGACACCGGUAGUUACAAAAUUCACCUUGCCGCUAUCUUCUGCCCUAGCAUUGCUGCUUCUACCUGUGUUUAACUCUUGGUCACUUGACAAAAGCAAGUUGCACUUUCCCUCCCUCAGACUGCUGACUUUAAAGAACUUGCUGUAACUACUCAGUCCCUUGCUGAGUAGUGAGCCCCUUCCCUUUUCACCCAGAGGAAAUUUAUCUCAGUUUUUUGAUGUUCAAAUCUAGAAACCUCUUUAUUAGUCUGUGUAAAGUGAAAACAAGUAAAGAAGCAAAGGAUGAAAAUCUGCUUUUCCUCACUGUAGGUCACUGCUGUCACAUCUUUGCAUCACUGGUGCAGUACAAUGGCAGGGGCACUGGAUCAUCCUUACAUGGGAACUCUGCCUUUUCACUGCACUCUUGUAAAGUGAUGCCAUUGGGCCCAGAAUCCUUUUUACUCUUUGCACAACAUAAUUCCAGGGAAACUUUUCCCUCUCCUGUUUAUGAGUAGUAUUUCCUUCUUGGUGCAGUGUGUGGAAUGGUGUCUACAGCAUUAAUGCUUCUCUUCUGCAAUGCAGUGUUUUAUUCAAGAGUUGGAACUGAGGUGGGACAGAGGCAGUAUCUGCUGCUCUCCCCUCUUUUCCACCCUCUGCCUUAAUGUCACUCAGAGAUGGGCUUUGCUGCUGCUCGGGACAUGUCCUGUCUGGGACCAAAAAGUCAGUCAAAGCCAGGGUGAGAGAAAGUAACAAAGCACUGAGUUUGCUGACUCUCUCAUCUAGUGAUCAAUAGUGACUUUUAUCAGGGACCUGCAUCUCUUAAUUUCUCUGAUACCAAAUGCAGUCUGUGAGCUUGAGGCAGGCUGUCUGCAUUUCCUCUAUUUAGGAUGCCUUGCAAGUGCCUCUGACCAUAUAAAGUUAAGUGAACCUGUGUCUGGUGAUGUGAUCUAGCCUACAGCGUGUCCCAAGUUCCUGAUCCCUGGGGAUGAGAAAGGACCAUGUGUCUGCACUGUGUCACUUCUGAAUAACUGCAUUGGGAAGGGCUGACAUCCAGCAAUUACAGCUUCAGAAUCGAUACGCGGAGGAUGGCACAGGUUAAAACAGGAGCAGAUGCCUCAGCAUCUAUGGCAUACAUGCCACACAGCAUGUAUGUGCCUGUAUUGGUUAUAUAAUGCACCAAAAACCCAGAUGCUUUAGCAGGCACGAUUCUCCCACAAAUUCUAAUCCUGGAGGGGAGGCAGGACACAGGAAGGAACAAUAUGAUGCUACUGUGCUUUCCUGUGGGCAUUACAAAAUACAGGGGUUAUUUUGCAGGACUUUGUAUUUAUGCAAGGAGGAAGGGUUUCAAGGGAGAAACAAGGACUAGGGACCCAGAUUAAAAAGCUUAUUGUGGGAGUGCUAAACAGGAAAUGAAAGUAGACUCACCCGAACUGUGGGACAUAUUUCUCUGUGUCUGUGUUGUGGCCAAGAAGGAGCUGGUACCUAAGAUGCAGAGCAGAGACUAUGCUUGCCACAUCUCCAAGAUGCAGCAAGGCAUGGAGGCACGCAAAAUUUUGUGUUCUAAACUUUGAUCAGCAAUGGCCCUUUAAGGCUGAGCAAGGCAUGCAGCAUGGACACUGCCCAGUCCAAACCCAGCAGCCACGUGAACUCUCCCCAGGACAAAUGAGAAGAACCUGUCUCCAAGUGCAAGAUUUUGGAAAUAUGUGUCAGAGAUGCCUGAAAGUAAAACAUCCAUCUUGCCCUAAUUUCUGCAUGAAGUGCUGCAAUGUCAAGUGAAAUAACCUUCCAAGCUGGCUCUGGUGCAGAGGUAUUUUGGCUUAUGUUAUUGCUGAGAGCUUUCUCUCUGAUGAGCUCUUUCUGCCUCUCUGUGUUUCUGAUGUCUGACUCUCUUCACUCAUUUUUUCCCUUGGGCUGGGAUGUGCACUGUUUGUAAUGCAUCAAGAAGUAAUAUGCGAUGAGGAAACUCUCAUCAUCUGUGCAUCAGGGAGAGAAUUACUGACUGAGUGCUGAGCAGUCAAGUUAUUGAUUCAAACCAAAGCCCAGUCUCUCUGUCUGCUGGGCUGGUUACGUCCUUCUGGUUCAUUGCAUUUAAUCGGAUUCCCUGAGCUGCCACACAGAAGGGGAGAGUUAGAAGCAGAUUCAGCUACAAUGUUCUCUUCAAAAUCCAGUUCGGUAUCCCCUUCUCCGUCCAUGGAACAGGCAGAUUCAGAUGCUCUGGACAUCAGCACCAAAGUGCAGCUGUAUGGCGUGCUCUGGAAGAGACCCUUUGGGAGGCAGUCAGCCAAAUGGUCCAGGAGGUUCUUCAUAAUUAAGGAAAGUUUUCUGCUUUACUAUGCUGAGAGUGAGAAGAAGAGUUUUGAAAGCAAUAAAUACUUCAAUAUCCACCCCAAGGGUGUCAUACCCCUGGGAGGCUGCAUCGUGGAGCCCAAAGAAGAGGCCAACAUGCCUUAUGCCAUAAAAAUCUCUCAUGAAGACUUCCACGGUAACAUUGUUCUAGCAGCUGAAUCAGAGUUUGAGCAGGCUCAGUGGCUGGAGAUGCUACAGGAGUCUGGAAAAGUGACAUGGAAGAAUGCCCAGCUGGGAGAAGCUAUGAUUGAGAGCCUGGAAGCCCAAGGACUGCAGCUGGCCAAGGAGAAACAGGAGUAUUUAGAUAAGCUAAUGGAGGAAACAGAAGAGCUAUGUCUGCAAAGGGAGCAAAAAGAGGAACUCGAGCGUCUGAACCAGAUGCUGGAAGCAGAGAAGCAGCAGUUUGAAGAGGUGGUGCGGGAGCUGCGGCUGGAGCAGGAAGAGAUCAGACGGGAGCUAGAGCUCACAGCCCGCUCCCUUAAAGGAGUGGAGGAAGAAAAGAAAGAGUUGCGAAGCCUGACGCAGUCCUUACAGAACACCCUGGAGGAGCUCUCCCUGGAAAAGCAGCAAAUGCUGGAGAUGCUGGAAGAAAAUGAGAGCCAGGUCCCACCUCCAACCAGCCCCAGCAAAGAGCAAAACCCCAUCUGGGGACUGCACUGCAGCCUGCGACAGAUUGAAGAGAAGAUGCAGCAACUUCUGCAGGAGAAACUCCUGGCAGAGAAGAGGAUGAAGGAGAAUGAGGAGCGGUCCCGAGCACUGGAGGAGGAGCGGGAGUUUUACUCUUCCCAGUCGCAAGCACUGCAGAACUCACUGUCGGAGCUGACUGCAGAGAAACAGCAGGCAGAGAGAGACCUCAAGGCUGAGGUGAAGGUACGCAUGGAUCUGGAGAAGAGACUGAGAGAAGCUGAGGAAGCAUUGCAGAGCUUGGAGCAAGGCUUAAAUUCUCUGCAUUGCAACAAGGAGAAAGAGGAAAAGAUGAAAGCAGAUGUCAGUAACUUGAGAAAGUUCUUUGAAGAGUGCAUCCGCAAUGCCGAGCUGGAGGCCAAGAUGCCUGUGAUCAUGAAGAACUCCGUGUACAUCCACAAGGCUGCCACUCGUCGCAUAAAGAGCUGCCGCUUCCGCUGCCGGAGAACCAGUACUUCAUGGAAUGACAUGAAGCAGUCCCAGUCCUUCAUCUUCUCGCAUGCAGAAGCUGAAAACAUCGAAGAGCUGAAAGAAGCAGCCAAAAGACUGAGCCGGGACCAGCGCUUCAGGAAAACUAUCUAUCAAAUCAUGAGGUCACAAAAGGAUUCUGCUUCAGGGGACAAAAAGUGACUCUUCUUGGGAGGAGGCUUCUGAGCUCAACUUGCCAUUCAGCUCCGCAAAAGUUACGCCCUUGGGCACUAGGGUCAGAAGGGAGAUUUGCCCUUUGGUGGGGAAAGUGGGGUAAAGUUGUGUGUAGGCAAUCCCCUCAGUUAGUGGCUUUGCUUUCAUUUGAAUUCUCCUUGUAGCCUGGUAGGCCUUCUCUACUGAUCACUCCAGAUCUGUUUGCUUCAGCUGCUUACAUUAAGGCGUGUUUUGCCAAGAUGCCACAGUCAGUGUUAAAAUGAACCACAGACCAUAGGUUAAGAAAGGCCUCUUCUUUCCUUUCCUAUCUAGUCUGUCUGCCAAACACAAGUGCUUCUGAGAAAGCCCUUUAUCAGCCUAUGUUCCAGCUAGUGUAACCUCCCCAGCUGGACACAGCUUACCCCUUUCUGCCUGAUCCCCUCUAGGAAAGGGCUCGCUCCAUACCCCCAGUCAAUCAGCACUUCUGUGGGGCACAGGCUGAAAACUGCACCAGUCCCAGCGUCCCAAGCACAGGCAAAAAUAUCAAACACAGGGCAACUUCUUGUCUUGAUGCUACAGCAUUUCAAGCAAACAGCAGCAACACAAGGUGAAGACAACCUGAGGAUGCUGUGGAUUUGGCUCCAAGGAGGAUCAUGUACAGAGAAGAGCUUAUAGGUAACUCAGUGGCAUGAAUGCAAACUGGAGGGAGGGUUGCGUUGUGUUGACUGUGAGCAGAACAUUCUGGGGCCACCUUUGCAUAUUUUUUGCACAGGGACAUCUAGCUGUGUUGGAACAGAUAUGUGCUGCAGAUGUUAUCUAUAGGCAGCAUUAGUGUAGAGAAGCCCUUGACUCAGUCCUGAUGGUUUCAUCAACACCUCUGUAAAACAAGUUGGAGGGCAGGAAAGUGAGGACUGUCCAGCAACAAAACCCACUACCACUUCAAGAAUUAAACAUUGUCAGCAGCAAUAUAGGGCUGUAGAGGUGUGGAAAGUCACCAGAGGAGAAGGGUUGAUGCUGGGUGGAGGAGUAUACUGUGAGGGUGUCAUGCUCCUGAAUGGAGUCACUCUGGUGUGACCAGAGGAAAAGCAUUGAAAGCACAGCCUGUACUUUCCCUUUCAGUCAGUCACUGUCCAGUAUCCUUCUGCCAGGCAAUGGGAGGUUUUAAAGAAUCAGAAGAUCCAGCACUGAAGGCUGACAUUUUUGUGAUGAUUGAUAGGUGAUGUGGUAGGAGAAGAGAAUUUCCAACCUUCCUUAGCAUAGCUGAUCCUUCUGUGUUGUUUCCACUUGUGCUUGCAUGCUAGAAAGCCACAAAUGAAUUCUGGCUCCUACAAGGCUGAAGGGCUGUGAGAAAACAAUACAGAGCUGGUUUUCCCCUUUAUGCUGUUCUCACAUCAUCUCUAGCUAUUUUCCAGUUACAAUAUCUAUAUUAUAUGAUGCUGGUAGGGACGGAAUAAAGGACAGCCGGGGAAUGUAUCUGUAAUUCAGGCAGUUAGGAAAAUCAUCUUGUGGGUUGGAAUGCAGGACCUUUGUUCUAUUACCAUCAAAGCCACAAUAUCAGACUUUACAGAAGGAUUGUACGCAGGAGGUAGCCACAUCAGGUCUUCCUUAACUGUGCAUAUUGACAGCAAUAAAUAAAUAAAAGUUAUGCUGACACUA